AUGGCGCAAAUCACUGUCCAGACUCAAUCAGCGCAUUCGGGGUUGAACCUCGAUGACUCACACCAUCUUACUAUGCUGCACUCCCAAGAACGUGAUUCCCAACAAGAUUCACAGUCUCAGAGAUCAGUAUCCCAAGGCCCAGUCUCUGACAGAAUCUACGAGGCUCAGCCAGCGGGCCUUUCGCGCAGCAGGGGGGUUAUCUUGAUUACUACCUUGAGCGGCAUCACGUUUGUGGGUAGUAUGACCAGUGGAUUGCUGACUAUUGGAUUGCCUUGGAUUGCCAAAGACUUGAACCUGGCUGAUAACUUGCUGCUCUGCCUUGCCAAUGGAUGCUGCCUGCUCCUCGCCGGGUCUAUGGCCGAUUUCAUCGGCAACCGAAUGAUCAACCUGAUCGGCUGUUUUCUGUUGGGAGCCUUCAUUCUAGCCUGUGGCGUGUCCGAGACUGGGAUCCAGUUGAUUGUAUUCCGCACCUUCCAGGGCAUUGCCACGUCAAUGUGUCUUCCAACAGCGUUCAGCAUUCUCACCGAUACCAUGCCGACUGGUAAACGGCGAAACAUCGGAUUCGCCUGUCUGGGACUCGGCCAGCCCUUUGGUUUCUCAGUCGGGCUUGUCUUUGGAGGACUCUUCCAAGGCUCUUCUCUCAAUUGGAGAUUCGGGUACUAUCUUUGCGCGGGUAUCACUAUUGCCCUCGCCGUGGUGAGCUUGUUUAAGCUGCCUAGGGACAAGGAGCGAGAGCCGUUCUCGGUCAUCACUGAUAACCCGGCAAACAUCCACCAAGCCAAAAACAUCGCUUUACUGUGUGCCGCGGCAGCGAUGAUCCCCGCGUUCUGGGGCUGGAUGAACUGGCGAGAGAAGAAUGGCAAGCCCGCGUUGAUCCCCAACUCUCUGUGGCGGAACACGGCCUUUGCUUCGAUCUGCGUGAUGGUUCUUUUGGCCUGGGCUGUGCUCAAUGGAAUGGAGACAAUUCUCAGUCUUUUCUUCCAAGAAGUCCAAAAUCUAUCCGCCAUCCAGGCUGCGCUCCGAUUCCUACCCAAUGUGUUCAUCGGCAUCGUCCUCAAUGUCGGAACGGGCUUAUUAGUUCACCGUCUGCGUGCCAAUCACUUGGUGCUCGUCAGCUCGGUCCUCAGUGCCGGCUCCCCAUUGUUGAUGGCAAUUGUUGAUCCAGACUGGUCGUGGUGGUAUUUUAUCUUCACCGUGGCCAAUCUGAUCAUCACCGAUGCCUUCACACCCAAAACGCAGGGCCUGGCCGGCGCAGUAUUCAACACGAUUGCGCAGUUUGGGACGUCUAUCGGACUCACUACGUUUGCUAUUAUCUCUGCGGGCGUCACGCAGGGAUCGUCUUAUGGUAAUAAAGGAUCUCCCGAUGCGUUGAUGCUCGGGUACCGGGCUGUUUUCUGGACGUGUUUUGGACUGAUGAUUGCUGCCUGUGGUGUUGGGGCUUGGGGGCUGCGCAAGGUGGGAAAGGUGGGAUUGAAGAGAGAAUGA